GUUUCAGUUAAAUUUCGUGAAUUUUGUUCUUCGUUAUAUUGCAAUUUCCAAUGCGUCAAAUUACAAACAAUGCUACUGGAUGUGUUUCUCUAUACAUUCGAAUGAUACUGUUUCAAACGUGAAAUCAACAUAUUUGAUAAAAUAUAAAAAAUGGCGAUCUGAAAAACAAUAAUUUCGAAGCAAAUCUAAACAUCCUAGAAACACAGGGAAGAUGCAAACAAUCAAGUGUGUCGUAGUAGGAGACGGAGCAGUAGGUAAAACUUGCCUGCUGAUUUCGUACACCACCAACAAAUUUCCAUCGGAAUAUGUUCCAACGGUAUUUGACAAUUAUGCUGUUACCGUCAUGAUCGGUGGUGAACCAUAUACUUUGGGAUUAUUCGAUACAGCUGGUCAAGAGGAUUACGAUCGAUUACGUCCUUUAAGUUAUCCCCAAACGGACGUGUUUCUUGUUUGUUUUUCUGUUGUCUCGCCAUCGUCGUUCGAAAACGUUAAGGAGAAGUGGGUUCCAGAAAUAACUCAUCAUUGUCAAAAAACACCGUUCUUAUUAGUCGGUACACAAAUUGAUUUGCGAGACGAUGCCGCCACAAUUGAGAAGCUUGCAAAAAAUAAACAAAAGCCUAUAUCGGCUGAACAAGGUGAAAAACUUGCCAAAGAGCUUAAAGCGGUUAAAUAUGUCGAGUGCAGUGCUCUUACACAGUUUCUUCAAUUUUCAGAAAGGUUUAAAAAAUGUGUUCGACGAAGCAAUCUUGGCAGCUUUGGAGCCUCCAGAGCCAGUCAGAAGAAGACGGUGUAUCGUUUUGUAGAACGUAACCAACCAACAUUUUUUCUACAAUCUAUUAGCGAUGUUCAGUCGAGGACUGUGAGUUCCAUCGUACGGUGCAUGCAAGAAUAUUUUCGAGUACCGAUAGUUUUGAUAUCCAAACAUCGGUAACCAUCUGCCUUUUGUUUUUUACUUGUUCGGUAGCUAUUCGCGAUACGAACGAAAAAGUUUACAAAAUAAAAAGAAACAAGGCAUUUUAUCUACAAGGAAACUGCGUAUACAUGUAUGUACGUAUAUCUUACUGUCGAUCAACUUGUUAUGAGCAAAAAGGAGAAAAGAUGAGAGAGAAAAGGAAAGGAAAGAAAAGAAAACCUCGAUACUUUGACGACCGCACGGGAGAAAUAACGUCUCUUCACGGAGAUAAUUGUGACCAUCCAUGUACGAACUUGAUAUGAGAAACCUGUAAAACAUUCUUCUACUUAACAUGUAAGACGUUUUUAUUAAUAAAUUAGUAGUGUGAAUUUUUUAAUAAAUCAGUUUAAAAAAAAAAAA